AUGGCGCCCUUUUUUUCCACAAAGCGCAAUGCUGCAAAGCGCAAUGCCUCGAGCCUCGCGUCGUCCGAGCCAGUGUCGAGCCCUCCCGCCUAUUCGCUAUCAAGCCCUGCGCAUCCAGGCACCGACUACCUCACGAGCCCGCGCCUGGCCGACACGGCGGGCUACGCGUCAAGCUCGCCCGUGUCUCCGUUCCCCCCACAGCUGCCACCGAUUCCACGCGUCGCAUCGAAGCUAAACAAGGGCGGGAGUAGUUCGCUGCUGAGCCCACAGCAUGCCGCAAAUCAAGGACAGGGCUUCGCCGCGGGGAGUGUGCACGCUCACAUCGACACGGCGUUGCGCUCACCCUUACCCGCUAUGCACAACCAGGUCUCACCCGACCACGAUGCCAGACACCCACCUGCACGACCACCGCCAACAGGGAGCCAGCCUACGGGCCCGCGACCGCAGGGACAGCGCAUCGCCCAGGUGGUGGACAUGGCGAUGCAGUCGGAAACACCGCCGACCGCCCACUCGUCGACUCAGCAGCUGGCACCCUCAUUCAUAUCCUCCAGCUACUCCAGCUUCUCCAAGUCACAGACGUCCCUCAUGAGCGGCCUCAGUGAGAAGCUGUCCAACACUUCGAAGCCCUCCACACCCACUGGGCAACCACCCAAAGCCUCCAAAUCGAGACUGCGGAACCCUAUGUCGCUGCUGCUGCGUCGGAGAUCCGGACAGGCACUAGAAGCUCUGCACGAUGAAGCCCUCGUGACCCAGCGAUUACCGUCCAUCGUUCCUCCCAUUCCCGACAACUACGAUCCGAGUAUCCGCGGUCGCAUCGUCCACGACUUCAGCGCGCCGAGGCCCAAUAGGAACUUCUCGUACAACAAUGCAUACGGAAACGAACAGUCAAAAGCAGAACCGAGCCCGCCCAAGAUAGAAAGAGAGCAUACACCAGUGUUUACGGAGCACUUCGAUGAUGACACGAGCUAUGAACAGAGCCAGGCUGCGAUAAGAGCCGAGCAACUGGCCAACAAAGACUUUUUGAAAAGGAAUUCGUAUGUACCUGAGCCUCCUGGGCACUCUCCACCACCUCCACCAUCUCAAGAGUUUGCGAAGAGGAGUUCGUACCUCGCGGAACCUCCCACUCGAUCCCCUCCACCGCCUCCGCCAGUACCGAAGGAUUUGCCUGCGCCACGGCCGCCUCAACCUGCUCUGUCGCAGCCAUCACACACGGAGGGCAAUCAGGACUAUGCGUCGUUUGUUUUGUCACCUGUGCAGGAAGCGUCGAGUCCAUCGAGUCCCACCGAUGUGUCCGCCGAAGUCACGCCCCGAAAACGAAAAUCUACGAAGACACCGCCUUCGUCACGAUCACGAGCUACUUCGGUGACGGACCCGUCCUUCGUACCCGCCGGCCUUCCUAAACACUUGACAAGUAGGGCUUCCAGGUUUAGCUUCCAGAUAGGCGGCGGUGAAUCCGCCGCGCAAGAGAAGAUGAUGGAAGAGCGACACAUACAAAAGGCGGCAGAAAAAGCAUCGAAGUCGGAAGCUCGUAUGUCUACCAAUAGCGUGGGAGACGAUUACGACGAGUAUGGUAUGGAUGAUGACUUUGACAUGGACGGUGGCUAUGAGGAAGAGAUCCCUAUGCUUGGUGAAGAAGACGAGUACGGCGGCGGACUAGGAGACCAGAUGUUGUCACCGGGUAUGGCAGCCUUCGACUUCUCAUCGUUAUCGAUACAGCCGCAUAUGAAUGCAAUGAGCCCACUUGGCAUGAACGGCGAGCUAAACACACCAAUAGAUGCCAAUGGACAGCGGAUAGGAUUUGCGAUGUCUGAAGACACAUUGCAGUCAAUGAAGCCCUCUGCGGUUGGGUCUUUACCAAGGCUUCAAGAGCUCUACACGGACAACGGUCAUGGCCUUGGCUUGAUGAACCUCCGGCAAGCGCAAGUCCCUACAGCCAACUUCUCGCCAGAGGAGUCGCCAGUAGACAACUCGAUCAAACCUACCAAAUCAGUGACGUUCACUCAAGCGGGCUUAGAUGAUGAUCUGUAUUUCGAUGAUGGUUUGAUUGAAGAACAGGGUGAUGUGGAUGCUGCCGAUUUUGACGAGGAGGUCUUCGACGACCCCCAAGGACCACUCUUUGAUCGCAAAGUAAAGUCUCCGCCAGCGGAGGAGUUGCGCAAUACUCUGUUAUCACAUCCGCUCGAAAAACUUGCUUCAGAAACAGGAUACGAAGCGGACGAUGACACCCUAUCAAAGCAUCUCGAGAUAUCCGCGCCUUCUUUGAUACACAAGACAUCAACGGCCCAGCCAAGAUCUGAUCGGAAUCUAAACGCUUACCACAGUGCGCUCGCAGAAGCUGCGAAUCGUGCGGAAGCGGAAGGACGUUUCGCGAGGAAGGCGAGCGUCGAUAUCGGACGGUCAAGCUCCGAUGCCGACGAUUCUUCUUCGAUCAGCAAUUCGCGACCCAGUCUUAUCCCCGAUGACGGUCGAUUCAGUCAGGAAACCACCGGCUUUCCACCUGAGGACGACGGUCUCGGUAUGAGUUCAAGUUUCGAUGACUACGACUACAGCGAAUAUGACGAUUUGAUGGAUGACGAGAUGAUGAUUGCAGAGGCCAACUCGGAGGCCUUAGCGAAUGACGAUGAUGGGUUUUACGGGCAAGAGUUUGGAUUCUACGCUGGUCCACAAGGUGAAGCCCUCAACGCGUACGGUGGAUACUUCGGUCCCUCUGGAGUAGGUCGAAGUGUCAGCGGCCGCAAUGCGAUGCGCGAGCCCAACUUGACGCCCAUCACCGAACGCAGCGAAUACAGCACCCGCAACUCUUUCAUCAGCGUUAGGAACCUUGGCGACGGCACGAACUCAAUCACCAGCCCCGGCUUUAUGGGUCAAUCUCUUACCAGCCCGGCUCUAGCACAGCUCGCUCGAAUCAGCCCCUAUGGGUGGCGUGACGAAGAAGACAUGAGUCUUGACGCACUGAUGAGAUUACGAAAGGGUGCAUUUGGCAGUACAGCCAGUCUGCCUGCGGGCAGUCCAGGUGGGAGCCCGAGAAACUCGUCACCCAUGGGCAUGCAGUUCGUCCCGCGCGCGGCAAGCCCGGCUGGAAAUCGCAUGCGGGAGCAGAACGAAUACUCUUUAGAGAGCGAUGGUUCUGCUGCUAUACUGGAGAGCCUGAAUGAGUCCGAAGAAGACGACCAAGCGCUCAUGGACUCUGUCCACGAGGACUUUGGCGGCGAUGCCUUCGACGAUGACGAGGCCUACGAGGAGCGCCCCGACAGCCCAACAUUGACGGCAAGCGAUUACAAUUCGCUAUCCAGUCCAAUGUCGCAGACGCAUCUCCAACCUCAACCUAUCCCGCUCAUGCCGCUGCAUUCUCCGCCUGCUAUACCACCCGCCGCCAUCCCGCUUCCAGUGUCGCCCGCUAACUACCCUCUCCAUUCGCCCUCUGUCAUGCCUCUUCAAUCCCCGCCAAAUCUUCCCCUACCGACGUCCCCGCCCGCAGUGAGCCACCACUUCCAGCCUCCACCGCCAUUGACUCUGCACACGUCUUUCCACCCUCCACCCUCCACAACCUCACCACCCCUCUCCUCGGCCACCGCAACGAACUGCUCUGCGCCACGCCGCCAGUCUCUCGGGCUGAUCUCACCAAUCAGCACAACCAGUCCUGCGACGCCGAGCGGCGGAGGCUGGCGAGCGGGCCACAGCAGGAAGGGCUCGGCUGCGGAUAGCGUGGCCUAUGUGCGCGAGCAUGACGAGUGUGGAGAGGGAAGAUGGGUGCUGGAAAGGAGGCGGACGGCCGAGAGUGGCGAGUUGGAGUUGAUUGGAAGGGAGAUUGUUGAAGGGGGGAGGAUUUGA